AUGCCCUCGAAUCUGCCAAAAAAUGCGCUGAACGAUAUGCGCGACCUGGCGAACUACCACGGCGGCAGAGUCAUAUUGGACGCUGAAGACCCUGGGGAACAUGCCUCCGGCCAUUCAUUUUGGUGGGCCAGAGCAGAAUAUUACAGAUUGGAGCAUGAGAAGCUCCAGGAGGAUGAUUAUCAUCGGGCCAGUAGGUCAGUGACACCAGGAGUGGCCUACCCAGGUGUGCCUUGGUAUACCGAACUCGAUCGCGCCAAGUGUGAAGCAGGAAAUGUAGCUCGAAUGCUAGCCGAUUUCCCUGCUGGCAAGGCUUUAUUAGAGGCUGAAGAUCACGGGAAUUUGACCAAGGACGGCGACUACUGGUGGAGCCUAGAGAAUUUUCAGAAACCUCCACCUGAGGUCGAGUUGCAGAGGACGAAACUCGAACGCGCCAAACGCUCCGCAGACUCGAGAGCCCGAGACUUGGCCACUUUCCCUGCCGGCAAGGCCUUGUUAGAUGCUGAAGACCACGGGGACUGUGUGGUGGACCCUGGAUAUUGGUGGAACAAGAAGAAGUAUUAUGAGGCUGAAUACGAUAAGCUUCAGGAAGAGUUUUGGGAGCGAUGGAAACGUACACAUCUAGACGGCGGAGAGACUCCUCUUGAGUCUCUAGAAUGCGGAGAAUCGCCUCCUGAGGCUCUAAAUGCCUCCAGACCAAAGACAAGAGCACGGAAGUCGUCAGCGCCCAGAGAGCGUCCCAGCGCCAGAGUCACUAGGAGUACCACACAGCGAGGGAAAGAGACAGACCGACCACUGUUGGGGUCCACCGCGAGCAGUCCAAAUUCGGAUGCGGGUACCAAGAAGACAAAGGAUGCACGCUCUAUCGAGCGCCGCCAAAGCAAGAACAAAUACCGACGGCAGAAUGCACACGUGGCAGAGAGAAAGCCACCGCCACCGUCCCCGUCCCAAGCCUGCUCUGUUGACCAGAGACCAUACAAUGGCUACGCGACCCCCAGAUCCGACGAAUCAAGAACACGACGGUCAACGAUCAAGGAGCUGUGCAAGGGCUCAACACAACAAAGACGUCACAAGGUUACAGACAAAAUUUCGGACGGGGAACAGAAGAAGAAGUCGUAUUCGCAAUCGCAAAAUCCUUACGUGACUCCGAGCUCCCCAGAUUUCUCCACAGUAAGAGCACGACAACGUCGUAAACGCAAGGAUAUCGCACGGCAGAAACGUCGCCUGGAUUGGGAUAGUACUUACCUCGAGUCCAGGGCAGUAUCACAGCCAACCUCUUCGCGUUUACGCAGCAGCACGGGUAUUCACGGAAAGAGGAAACUCUGA